CACAAAACCAAAAAUAAAAUAAAGAUAAAAUGUCAUUCCUGACCACCUCUGCUGUCCGUACUUUUGCUGCCUGUAGCCAUGUGGCCCGCCCCAUGUCUGCCAAGGCCAUGUCUACCCGAGUCCAGGUAGCCAACCCUGUUGUUGACUUGGAUGGUGAUGAAAUGACUCGUAUUAUCUGGCAAGACAUCAAGGAAAAGUUGAUCCAUCCUUACGUCAAGUUGGAUAUCAAGUACUACGAUCUUGGUGUCGAGCACCGCGACUUGACUAAUGAUCAGGUUACUAUUGAUGCUGCUGAAGCCAUCAAGAAGUACAAUGUUGGUAUCAAGUGUGCCACCAUUACUCCUGAUGAAGCUCGCGUCAAGGAAUUUGGAUUGAAGAAGAUGUGGAAGUCUCCCAAUGGUACAAUCCGUAACAUUCUCAACGGUACUGUUUUCCGUGAGCCCAUUAUCAUGAACAAUGUGCCUCGUAUUGUUCCCGGAUGGACUGAGCCUAUUGUCAUUGGCCGUCAUGCAUUUGGAGACCAGUACCGUUCUACCGAUUUCUACACCGACAAGCCUGGAAAGUUUGAAAUGUCAUUCACUCCAGAAGACGGUUCUGAAGCUCGCAAGUGGACCGUGUACGACUUCCCCAAGAACGGCGGUGUGGGCAUGGCCAUGUACAACACCGAAGACUCGAUCCGUGGAUUUGCACACUCUUGUUUCCAGAUGGCUCUGACCAAGCAGAUGCCUCUUUACUUGAGCACCAAGAACACGAUUCUGAAGGUGUACGAUGGCCGUUUCAAGGACAUCUUUGAGGAAAUCUAUGAGGCCUCGUACCGCUCCGAGUUCGAGAAGUCCAAGCUGUGGUAUGAGCACCGUUUGAUUGACGACAUGGUUGCCCAGGCACUCAAGUCCAAGGGUGGAUUUGUGUGGGCAUGCAAGAACUACGAUGGUGAUGUGCAGUCCGACAUUCUUGCCCAGGGUUACGGCUCGCUUGGCUUGAUGACCUCGGUGCUCUAUACCCCUGACGGCAAGACCAUGGAGGCCGAGGCUGCACAUGGAACAGUCACUCGCCAUUACCGCGAGUUCCAGAAGGGCAACCCUACCUCGACCAACCCCAUUGCGUCCAUCUUUGCCUGGACCCGUGGAUUGGCCCACCGCGCCAAGCUGGACGUCAACCCCGAAUUGACCAAGUUUACCCAGGAACUUGAGCGGGCCUGCAUUGACACAGUUGAGAAGCACAGUGUGAUGACAAAGGAUCUUGCCUUGGCAAUCCACGGCAAAGACUUGCGUCCUCAGCACUAUGUUACCACAGCCGAGUUCAUGGAGAACGUCAAGGCCAACCUGGACAACCCUAGAAGCUAA